AUACUAUUGGAUGAAUGAAUGAAUUUUCACUAGAUCACGCUACCUCUGGGAGGGUUUGCGGGGGGUUGUGAGCGUGAGAGAGACAGAGAGAGAUGAGAAUGCUUCUCUGACGGCCUCUUAUCUUUCCACAGGUGAUGUUUCGCCAAUCAGCAUGUCUCCCAUCAGCCAGUCUCAGUUUAUCCCGCUCGGGGAAAUCCUCUGCUUGGCCAUCUCGACCAUGAACUCCGCGCGGAAGCCCGUCACCCAGGAAGCCCUCAUGGAACACCUGACCACCUGCUUCCCAGGGGUCCCGACGCCCAGCCCCGACAUCCUGCGCCACACGCUGAACAUGCUGGUGCGGGAGCGCAAGGUCUACCCGACGCCCGACGGCUACUUCGUGGUCACCCCGCAGACGCACUUCAUCACGCCCUCCCUCAUCCGCGCCAACAGCAAGUGGUACCACCUGGACGAGCGGCUGCCCGAGCGGGCCGGCCGGGGCCCCUCCCCGCAGCCGGGCCCGGCGGCCCCCGGCGGCCCCCCGGCCGGCCCCCGCGACCGGCCCCUCCCCAAGACCCACUGCGACGCCUGCCACUGCUGCCGCGAGGAGCUGCACGGCCCGCACGCCUCCACCCUGCAGCGCCGGGCCGCCAAGGAGCCCGCCUUCUUCGGGGCCGGCGGGGGGAUCGCGGCGCCGCCGCUCGGCCCCGCGCCCGAGAGGCCCAAGGCGGAGGCCCCGGCCAAGCCCAAGGACGGCGGCGGCGGGCCCGCCCCCGAGAAGCCCUCCAAGAAGUUCGGGCUGAAGCUGUUCCGGCUGAGCUUCAAGAAGGACAAGGCCAAGCAGCUGGCCAACUUCUCGGCGCAGUUCCCGCCGCGGGAGUGGCCCCUGCGGGACGAGGACGCGCCCACGGCCAUCCCGCGCGAGGUGGAGGUGGAGAUCAUCCGCCGCAUCAACCCCAGCCUGACGGUGGAGAACAUCGGGCGGCACACGGCCCUCAUGAAGAAGCUGGAGGAGGAGAAGGCCCAGCGCAGCCGGGCCGGCCCGUCGGCGCCCGCCGGGGCCCGCGGCAAGCGGGGCCGCAGCCACCGCAAGGCCCACGGCAAGGCCCGCUCCCACAGCAAGUCGCGGGUGUCGCGCGGGGAGCCCUCGGACGGCUCGCGCCCGGACCACCGCCCGCCGCCGCCGGGGGAGCGGGACUCGGACCCCGGCGACCCCCGCGGCCCCCGCGAGGGCGGCUUCGAGGCGGCCGGCGGCUUCCCGCCCCACGGGCCCUGCGCCCUGGAGGCGCGCUUCCCCGCCACCCCCGAGUGGGACGUGUCCGGGGAGCUGGCCAAGCGGCGGACGGAGGUGCCCUUCCCCGAGCCCUCGCGGGGCAGCUUCCACCACCACCACGCCAAGGUCCACCGGAGCCACAGCCACACGCAGGACCGCCGGUCCCGCCACGAGCGGCCCAGCAAGGCCAAGGAGCGCUCCCGCUCCAUGGACAACGCCCAGGGCCCGCUCGGGGCCGCCGACCCGGGCGCCUCCGAGGACGGGGCCGAGGCCGGCCGGCGGGGCGACCCGGCCCCCGGCCCGCCGCCCGCCGCCGCCCUCGACGGCGCGCUGAGGCCGGCCCCCGCCCCGGGCCACGCCCGCGUCCACGGGCCCGCCGCCGGCUACCCGGAGUCGCCCGGGUCCGGCGGCCCCCCGGAACCCGGCGCCGGCUCGGCCGCGGCGGCCGUGGCCGACGACUACUUCCAGUGCGGGGCGGCCGGCGAGGCGGGACUCCCGGUCGCCCCGACGCCGGGCCAGGAGCCCGCCGAGGGGCCGGCCGCCGACGGGGCCAAGAAGCCGGGCGCCCCCGACCGGCCCCCCCAGCGCCCGGAGGGCCGGGGCGGGUCCCCCGUGGGCCCCCCGGGGCCCGGCCCAGCCCCCGACGCCUUCGUCAACGGCCGGCCGGAGCCUCCGGCCAGCGGCGAGUCGGGCGGCCUGGACAAGCGGAAAGAAGUCUUCAGCAAGGACACCCUGUUCCGCCCGCCGCCCGGGCCCGCCCUGCCCCUCGGCGGCUACCACAAGCCCGGGCCGGACGGCCCCCUCCCCGCCCGGGGGGAGAAGCCGGAGCCCGCCCCCACGCCCGCCCCGCGGCCCGCCGAGCCGGCCGGGAAGCCGGAGGCCUCCUUCGACUACUACAACGUGUCGGACGACGACGAGGACUCGGAGGAGGGGGGCGGCGGGGGCGCCCGGCCCCCGCCCGAAGAGAAGGGCCGGCGGGGCGCGGGCGGGGGCGGGGGCGGCUGCUGCGGCGGGGGCGGCGUGGGCACGAUGCAGUGGCUGCUGGAGCGGGAGAAGGAGCGGGACCUGCAGCGCAAGUUCGAGAAGAACCUCACCCUGCUGGCGCCCAAGGAGGCGGACGGCGUCGGGCAGCAGCGGGCCACGCACUCGGCCCGGCUGGACAGCAUGGACAGCAGCAGCAUCACCGUGGACAGCGGCUUCAACUCCCCACGGACCCGGGAGAGCUUGGCGUCCAACACCUCGAGCAUCGUGGAGAGCAGCCGUCGCCAGAACCCCACCUCCCUGAGCCCCGUGCAUGCGGCCUCCGCUCCGGCCUUCCCCUUCCGAGCCAGCCCCGACGCCCCGGGCCAGAGCGAAGCCGACAAGCUGCAGAAACCCACCAGCUGCCUGCAGGCGUCGGUGACGAGCGUGUGACGCCCACCGCCCCCUGGCCCGGGGUCCCGCCUGCCUGCCUGCCUGCCUGCCUGCCUGCCUGCCUGCCGGGGCCGGCCCGGUGAGCCGCUCCUCCCCCGCCCCCGGCCCCCGCCGCCCCCGGCUUCGGCCGGAGCCCCAGACGAAACCGUCAUUUCCGAGUCUUGCUUUUCCACGUUUAGAGCGACAGACUAGCGU